GCACUCGCCUCACCAGCCUCGCUCACAGCUGCCGGGCGCCAGGCAGAGCGUCCCUUGCCUCCCGACGGGCGUGCGGACCUCUGACUCUGGAGUCUGUUGGCCGCCGGGAGUCGUCCCCUUGGGUCGUCGCCCGGGCCGGCCGCGGCGAGGGGAGAGGUCAGCAUGAGCCGGGGGGUCUGGCGGGCCGGCGCAGGGCAGGGGGCGGCGGCCGCGUUGCAGCUGCUGGUCACCCUGAGCUUCCUCCCGAGCGUCGUCGAAGCCCAGGUCACCGGUGUCCUGGAUGACUGCUUGUGUGAUGUUGAUAGCAUCGAUAACUUCAACACCUUCAAAAUCUUCCCCAAAAUAAAAAAGCUGCAAGAACGAGACUAUUUCCGUUAUUACAAGGUCAACCUGAAGCGACCGUGUCCUUUCUGGGCAGAAGAUGGCCAUUGUUCAAUAAAAGACUGUCAUGUAGAGCCUUGUCCAGAGAGUAAAAUUCCAGUUGGAAUUAAAGCUGGGAGUUCUAAUAAGUACUUGAAAGUGGCAAACAAUACCAAAGAAUUAGAAGAUUGUGAACAAGCUAGUAAACUGGGAGCAAUUAACAGCACAUUAAGUAAUCAAAGCAGAGAAGCUUUCAUUGACUGGGCAAGAUAUGAUGAUUCACAGGAUCACUUUUGUGAACUUGAUGAUGAAAGAUCUCCAGCUGCUCAGUAUGUAGACCUUUUGCUGAACCCUGAGCGUUACACUGGCUAUAAAGGGUCCUCUGCGUGGAGAGUGUGGAACAGCAUCUACGAAGAAAACUGUUUCAAGCCUCGAUCUGUUUAUCGUCCUUUAAAUCCUCUGGCACCCAGCCGAGGAGAAGAUGAUGGAGAAUCGUUCUACACGUGGCUAGAAGGUUUGUGUUUGGAGAAAAGAGUCUUCUAUAAGCUUAUAUCGGGACUUCAUGCUAGUAUCAAUUUACAUCUUUGCGCAAAUUAUCUCUUGGAAGAAACCUGGGGUAAACCUACCUGGGGACCUAAUAUGAAAGAAUUUAAACGCCGCUUCGACCCUGUGGAAACCAAGGGAGAAGGCCCAAGAAGGCUAAAGAAUCUGUACUUCUUGUAUUUAAUUGAGCUUCGAGCUUUAUCAAAGGUGGCCCCGUACUUUGAGCGCUCAAUUGUCGAUCUUUACACUGGAAAUGUAAAAGAGGAUGCUGACACAAAAACACUUCUACUGAAUAUCUUUCAAGAUACAAAGUCCUUUCCCAUGCACUUUGAUGAGAAAUCCAUGUUUGCAGGUGACAAAAAGGGGGCCAAAUCGUUAAAGGAGGAAUUCCGGUUACAUUUCAAGAAUAUCUCCCGUAUAAUGGACUGUGUUGGAUGUGACAAAUGCAGGUUAUGGGGGAAACUACAGACUCAGGGUUUAGGAACUGCCCUGAAGAUAUUAUUCUCAGAAAAGGAAAUCCAAAAGCUUCCAGAGAACAGCCCAUCUAAAGGCUUCCAACUCACUCGACAGGAAAUAGUUGCUCUUUUAAAUGCUUUUGGAAGGCUUUCUACAAGUAUAAAAGAGUUACAGAAUUUCAAAGUCUUAUUACAACACAGUAGGUGCCACUGUAUAUAAGAAAGGACAGCUAUUUUGAUCUCCGUCAGCAUUGCCUUCAUCUGGAAAUUUGGGAACAGUUCACAGUAAACCUCUCAGCAGUUUGCAAACUGAAGUACCUGCAGAAACCAUAGCUAUUCACCAAAAUACAGACUGGGUGCAUGGUACCAUGGAAAUUAUUUGGUAAAACAAAACAACAUAGACACACACCAAAUUUAUGUGUACUCUAUUUUAAGUAACAUCUACAGGUGCAGCUUUAAUUUUGAACAGAAUUUCAAAUAAUUUGCUGUUGUACCCACCAGAUUAUAGAAAAUGUGAAUUAAAUGUUUCUGCCAUCUUCUUACCUUGUUCUU